AUGAAUAACAAUAGUCACGAAUCAUUUAAAAUAAUGCAUUUGUCAAUUGUUAAAUUAUUAGCACAACAACAAAGUAAAAAAGAAAAUUUACAUCGUAAUCUAUUAUUAUUACAAACGUUACAAAAAGCGAAACAUACACUAUUUGAACGAUUAUUAUUUGAUGUUAAAACAAAUUUUAUUGAAACAUUAAAUCAACAACAACCUCAUCCAUCAACCACUCCAUUCAUAAUACCAAUAGAAGAAAAUCAUCAUCAACAACAACAACAACAACAACAACAACGGAGAACAUCUCCAAGAAGAAUACAUCAUCGUCAUCCACAACAACAAUUAACAUCAAAAAAUAUUGAAUUAUUAAAACAUUUAGCAUCAAAAACUUUAGAACAUGGUUAUCAAAUUCGAAUUAAUGGUGCAAAUAUUGAAGAGCUUGAGAACAGUUUUCAACAACAGCAACAAUCAACAAUAAAUGAGAAUGAAUCUAUGUUAACAACAGUAAAUCAGGAAGAACAAACAACCGUUGAAUCAACAAAUUUACAUUCACGUUUAAUGUCGUUAAUUAAAAUUCCUUCCAUACAGGUUAAAUUACGUCAAUUAUUAUUAUCAGCAUCAGAAGAUAAUCAAGAAAAAAAUAAGAGUCUUCGUGCUUUACGAACGUUUUUAUUACAAAAUUUAGAAAUGACAGAAAUGGAACAUGAACAAGAAGAGGAUGAAAUGAGUGUCGAUGUUAAUAAUAAUAAUCAAACACGAAAACGAAAUUAUUCAGAUGAUACACAAGGACAUCAACGUCAAACUGGUUCAAAACGUCUUUGUUUACAUCAUAAUCAUCAUCAUCAUCAUCAAUUUCAAAUGGCUAUUUAA